AUGGUUGGCGUUGCUGGUCGUAGCAAAGGAUGCAACACCUGCAAGAGACGACGCAUCAAGUGCGACGAACGACGGCCUAAAUGCGCUCGCUGUUUGAAGGCUGGCUACAAAUGUGCAGGCUAUGAUCGACCGCUACAGGUGGUAUUGUCAACUCCACACGCUGCUGCUGAGGGCAAAGCAAAGUCAUCUGGAAAGCACACACCGGGACCGCUACUGCAUGAUCAGCAGGAGCCGAACGCUUCUCUCAUUCUCGCCCCCUUCUUGCCUCUGCCCUCAAAACUGAAGGAUGACCUACAAUUCGCGUUCGUGUUCCAGCACUUGGUCUGGAGCUCAUAUGCCUCUCCGUGGUUGCAGCUCUCUGCGUCAGGACGACUGACCGCCUUGGCCCACGAAGCAGCGCUGGCCUUCUCCCAAAGCGCCUUCGGGAGGCAUCACAGACUGCGUGAGAUCGAGCUCUCCAGCGCCGCCAGAUAUGGCCGUGCACUGAAGCAGUUACAGACUAGCCUCCAGAAAUGCAAUGCUUCAGAGACGGCAGAUCUGCUGGUGCCGGUCCUGAUCCUGCUGAUGCACUCCUGUUCUCUGUACACCACAGAAGAGUCACAGGUCCACGUACGCGGCAUUCAUGAUCUACUCCGCAGCUGUGGACCGAAACCGUUCCAGCAAGAGCCGCUCCGAGCUGCCCUGUCAUCGACUCGUGCAACAUUGGUCACACUCGCCCUGAUCGAUAAGCGGAGAUUGUUUCUUGAGGAUGCCCGCUGGAGGGAGGUCCCGUGGUCCUUAGCUCCGGUUGAAAAGCCCGCUGCCGAGGAGCUCGUUGAUAUGUUGGUGUUCUUGCCGGGCCUGACACAAGAUGUGGAGUAUCAGAGCCGGACUACGAGCGAUCUGUUAACAACUCACCUCACUGAGCGUCUGGUGGAAAUAUUCCAGGUGCUGUUCCGAUGGAGAUGGGCAUGGAACUCUCGCUACCCGCUGGCUGCGUGGGAGGAGGAGAGGCAGGCACCGGCAGUGGCUGGCUGGAAGCCUGCUUAUCCUGGCAUCUCUUCACGCCUCCUUCGAUUUGCUUCACCGGAGAGAGCUUCGGAUGUCCUGCUUUACAACACUAUCCUCAUCAUGGUCUUGGGACUUCUGCGACAGCUGUCUUCGUGGGUCGAGGUUGAAUUAGCUAUCAAGCGGGCCAUUGCGAAUACGCAGCCAGUGGAAGCUUUUGCACGAAAUACUGCCCUUAACAUGCCCACCGCAGGAAUCACUGCAUGCACAGCGGCGAUGGAGAUAGCGAGGGCCUUCGAUUACCACCUGCAACCUCAGCGCAUCCAGACUCCAGCUCUGUACUGGCUUUUCCCGCUUGGUCUGGCGAAACGAACCCUUUUCGCGGACUCUGCUUGGAGGGCGUUUAUUGAUCACAUGAUGGAGACUUCCCGCAGGACUCGUGGAUAUGGCAGUGAGAUAAUGGGUGGCGCAGGCUUUGGGUCUUACAUCCUUCGCAAUUGCGAAAUGGGUUUGAUCUGA